UAGAAUAGUCUAAAAAGAGCAACGGUUGAUUGACUGAACCAUCGCCUUCCUUCAUCAUUCUCUCCUUUUUUUUUUUUUAAUUAAUUAAUUAUAUAUAUCUCUCUGUCUAAUUUCAUAAACAUCUUCUUAUAGAUUUUCUUUUCACAGGACCCGAAAAUUUAUUUAUUUCUCCCUCACUUCCUAUGGCAUCCGUCGAAUGCAGCAUCGGCGAUUUAAUCUCAAAACUUCAUCCUGACAUCAUCCAAACCCAAAUCUUGACCCGUCUAGACGGUCCGACGCUAGCCUCCACCGCGUCAACCUCCUCUUAUCUCCAAACUCUCUGCUAUGAGCAGAAACUCUGGCGGGAAAUCUCCACUAUCACGUGGCCUUGCAUCAACGAUUCACGUGUGGUUCAAGCUAUCUCCUCAUUCCCUUCUGGUUACCGUUCCUUCUUCGCUGACUCGUACCCGUUCACUGAAUACACGUGGGAGUCGGAGAAACAAGAUCCACCGACCACGGGACUAAUCUCAGCCGUUGACCUUUAUUAUAGAGGAGAGUUAAUCUACUCGAAGGUUCAAGAGAUGGAAACAGAGAACGGUAAAGCAGGAUGGUUCUUGUCGGCUCCGUUUCGAGUCGAUUUACUCGACGAGAAAGAAUCGGUUCAGACCCAGAUACUAUAUCCGGGUGGGGAUUACGAAGCGUGGGUGAGAAACAUGGAAGAGAGCAUGGAGCUUAACUGGAUAGUGAUCGACCCGGUCAAGAAACGUGCGGCGAAUAUAUCUAGCAGAAAGGCUGUUUCGGCGAGGCGGAACUGGUUAACCGGAGAUUUAGAGAUUAGAUUUUCGACGGUUGUGGCGGAGGCGGCGGGGAAGAAAAAGCCGGCGGAGGUUGCGGUGGUUGUGUCGUGUGGAUCGGCGGAGACGUGGAAGGAGCUGGACGAGGAAGUGGGAGGAGAAGUGCACGUUAGGGACGUGAGGUUGCAAGUAGAGGACAUUGAGGGGAAAUGUUUAAAAGGGAGGGAUAGUUUGGUAGUUUUACAAGGGACGUUGGAAGGGAAGAGAUGUUGUAAAGAUGGUGGUGGCGAAGGAAGAGGUAAAGGAAGGUAUGAGGAAUACAUGGAGAUGAAGACACAUAUGAGAGAGAAGAAAGAGAGGAGGGAGAAAGCUCAAGACACGAUUUGUAUGAUCUUUGGCUUCUCUUUGUUUGUGCUUUUGUGGAGUUUUGUUUUGUUAAGGUAAAAUGCUAAUAAGGAAAUUAUGGCAUAUACACAGCAGUUCUUUGAUCAUCCAUUUACUUUUGUUUAUGUUCUUGUAACGAUGAAACUAGGUGUUUUCAUGCG